UCACUUAUCAGUUUCUUAAUUUAUUUCACUCAAAUCCAUGACAGGAGAGGUCGAUCAGGACAGAUACGAUGGCAAAGGGUGGAGAAGUCCGGAGAAUUGCAUGGCCGCCCCUGCCCGAUGUCACCUGAGAAACUGGAAGGUGAUGCUGCUGGUGUUUGUAUGUUUUCUGGGUCUGGUUGAUGGACAUUUCCUGGAGAAGGAGACAGAAGAACCCCGUCCUGGCAAACUGAGAAGCUCUUCAAACCGUCCAGAACGUCCCGGCCCGCAGAAAGACCUCGAGGAGAGGCAGAGCAGAGCGCCGUGGGCCGGACCGCAUGACCCGUCGCUAGCCGAAGAAGGUGAGGGUCAUCGAGUCCGCUGGCAAUCCUCCUCUACAAACUCCAGUUCACGGAAAUCUCCUAGAAACCGCAAGGAACGUCGCAACCGCGCGCGAGGCCGGAGCAACCAGGACUGUCGUUUGGAGAAGAAGGAGAUGAAGGUGCGUGACCUGGGCCUCGGUUACGACUCGGACGAGAUCGUGAUGUUUAAGUACUGCGUGGGGACGUGCAUGAGCGCCCGUAAGAACUACGACCUGGCCCUGAAAGUGCUCACGGAUAACGGCAGCGUCUCAGGCCGUAAAGUGAGCACUCACCCCUGCUGCAGGCCGACGCGCUUCGAGACCGUCUCUUUCAUGGACGCCCAGACCAGCUGGCAAACCAUCAAAUGGCUUUCAGCGGCCAACUGCAGCUGUGUGGGAUGAGGAGCCGAGGAAACACAGCCGGUAAAGUCAAUCCAAAGCUAGGAGAGGGAAUUCCGGUGCAAGGAAUCGGUGAUGCACGAGCGCUUCGACUGUGCGGUGCACACGCGGAGAAUCUGCCAUCGUGAGCAGAGAAACCACAUGAACCACAGGAAUAAAGCACGUCCUGCAGGGUUAAGGGACAGAAAGCGCUGAGGUCUGUAUCUUCUGACCCCGGAGAGAUAAAAACUCUGGUGAAGCGGGUCCUCUGAUACAGGAUCUGCUCCAGUUCCACAUGGAAAGUUCGUGAAAAGUAACUUGAAGGCCUACGUUUCACAUUAUCUGCCUCGAGGCGUUAUGAGAUUGACUGGUAACACUU